CCCGCAGGCGCCCCUGCCCCGAGCUCCUUGUCGCUCGUCCCCGUCGCUUGUGUUGCCUCGCACCGUGCCGAGACGAAUUCCGGUGACCAGGAGCCGCCGCCGGUGACCCCAGGCCAGAUCCGCCUCUCUCUCCUUUCCCUCUGUCCUCCCUCUCCCUCACCUCACUCUCUGUCUCCCGCGCAGGAGCAACGAGGCUGCCGCCAUGGACAAGCUCCACUUCGCCGGAUCCCGCAUCCCCGAGCGCCGCCGACCACCUCCGUCACCGGAUCUGGAACCCCCGCCCUCGGAUCCGUCCAUCCCCGUCGUCCUUCGGCCUCCUACACGUCGCGCUGCCGUCCCCAUCGCCGGCAGCCGCCGCGCCAUGCUCCUGCCUCUGCUUCGAGCAGAGGAGGACGAGCGUCGCGCGUGGGCCAGCGCCACCCCACAGCCCAGAUCCUUUCGGCCUGGCCCAGCGCCAGCUCCUGCCUGGGCCUCUCCACCAACCGGCCCACCUUCCUCCCGCGGCCUGCACUCUCCCCUCGCCCAGCCUGCCAGCCUCUCUGCAAAUGGGCCGAAGCCCAUGGGUUAGUUCCGAUUACGUUGCGUUUCCGAGGAUUCGUUCGACUACGUCCGUUUGUCUUCUUCAUGGACUCGUUCUUCUUCC